ACAAUCGGGGCCGCAGUUUGCCUGCUCGCUUUGACACUCGUUUUAUUUGUAUCUCUUUACGUUCGCUCUCAGCAGCAGCAGCAGCUUCACCCAUCAUUAACAACCACGCCGUUGUACUCUGGAUUAUAAGACGCACGCUUCCCCUCUUAUUCCCCUCACCGACGUCUCGUGGGCUGCGUCUUAAUGUCCCCGGGGCACGUGCGAGUUUGACACGAACCAGAUAUAGAUUCCCUUCUUGUGGAUGAUAACUUUUGCGACGAUGACCGCCGACGCGCAGUUCUUGAUCACCUACCUCACGGAGGUGGAGGCCUUGGCCGAGGAUCUCCUGGCGGAUAAACACCAGAUGGUCGCCUUGGACAGGAAGAGGAACAGCAACAGAGAGGCUCUUCGUGCCGUGCAAGGGGGCGCAGCUGCGGAAAAAACCUGGGUCUGUUUUGGAAAUAUGUUCAUCAAAAUACCCCGAUCGAAGACAAGACAGAUGAUAAAAAAUGAUCAAGAGCAGCUGGAGUCGGAGAUGACGAGGAUCCGCAGGGAGCUGAAGGUGAAGUUGAAUCGUCUGAACGAGGCACAAGGCAAACCGGAGCUAAAGGGCUUCGAUCUCGCCCCGCUGUCGCGGGAGGAAAUGCUCGCGAUCAAUAAAGUAAUUAAGGAGUGACGAAGAAGCCGUUCCCGCGCGUUUGCCCCGCGAUGAUCGGCGCCUCGUGCGCGCGCGCUGCCUGCGAUUCCUUCCGCCAAGCGGGCGUCGAGAGCCGCUCGUUAUUUCGGAUUAAACUUUGUUUCAUCGUUAUCAUCACCACCACCGUCGCCCAGCGUGGGCCCAGACCCUCCGAAACGCCGAGCGGCCAGCAACAAACGACACGACCGAAGGCGUGAUCUCGGGUCAGCGGUGUUGGAUGUGCCUGUGUGUACAUCGGUGUGGGGACAGCCAUUUGGUCGGUCCACUGCCGGAUGAAGGCCUCCCUCCACUGUGUCGGCCACGGUGGUUGUUUGACCAUACUUCACCACGCUUGUCAGUGCAUUUUGGUGAACGGAGCACAUUUUUUUUUUUGCAGAGAAUCGCUAUUCGGGUAAACGGAGCACAUUUCUUCUGAGAAUCCCCACUCGGGUCAUUUGUCUCUUUCCCCAAUUUUAUCCGGAUUGUGCCAUCGGCAUCACGAGAUGAAGCGCUCAUUUGGAACUCCUCGCAAAGCAGUGCAACCCUUGGUGUUAAGAGAUUGAUUGUCCCUUGGAAGCGGAUAUCACUGAGCUACCUCUGAAUUCCAUUUGAGUUUUAUAAUCCACACAUCUAAGGAGUUUUUUUUUUGUUUUCGCUGAUUGAUAACCUUCUUUGGGCACGUGGGCAUGUUGCUUUUUAUGCCCGAGUUGAAGAACGCAUGUAUAUGAAAAAAAUAGUAAAACGGUGAUGAUAGUGAAGUCACAAUGAGUGUCAGCUAAUGUAUUGUUGCGCAAGUGAUUAGCGCGCUCCGCUAAGAACCCCGUUCAACCCGAGUUCGAUUCCCGCUCACGACCAUUGUACACUGUGCAAGUUACGUUUAACACUUGCAGAAAACCUCAAUCAUAUUUUACAUUAAUGACAAAAAAAGCUUCCCGUGUUUUUUUAAAUUAACUUUGCAUUCUGGGUUCUCGAAUGACAAUAAAAUUUGAUGUUAACAAAACAUA